GGCGGCGGAGCGCGGGCUGGGCUCGGCCGGGCUGGGAGGCCCAGGAUGGCGGAGAGACCGGAGGACCUGAACCUGCCCAACGCCGUCAUCACCCGCAUCAUCAAGGAGGCGCUUCCUGACGGAGUCAAUAUUUCCAAAGAAGCCCGGAGCGCAAUCUCCCGAGCAGCGAGUGUGUUUGUGCUAUAUGCAACAUCAUGCGCAAAUAACUUUGCCAUGAAGGGGAAGAGGAAAACCCUGAAUGCUGGGGAUGUGCUCUCUGCCAUGGAGGAGAUGGAGUUCCAGAGAUUCGUGGCCCCUCUGAAGGAAUCCCUGGAAGUUUACAGGCGUGAGCAGAAAGGAAAGAAAGAGGCCAGGAAAGAUAAAGACAAGAAGGCAGACUCAGAGGAGCAAGAUAAGAGCCGAGAGGAGGACAAUGAUGAUGAUGAUGAAAGGAUGGAGGAGGAAGAACCAAACGAUGAGGAAGAGGUGGACAACUGAGCUCGCUGGUGGGCAGGGGCUGGGGUGUGCUCAGAGGGACGCUAUAAAUCAACCUGGCUGGUUCCAUUCGAGCUUUGUACUGCCCCUCUGUGGCCUGUCCCUUUUGGCCUGUAUUUUGUACAUAAAGGAGUCGUGCUGAAGCUUUUCCUGUGGCAGGGUGGCUCCUCCUUGUGCCUGGGGGGAUUGGCCCUCUCCAGGCCCUGGGCGGGCACUACCUGAGCUUUUGAUGCUGGGCUGCCUCCGAAAGAGAGGCAAAAAGAACUGGUGGGUGCUCAAUGCAGAAACUGGCCAGGAGAACAUUAGACUCUUGACUAUGAGGGGCUGAACCCAGUAGAUCAUUCAUAGAUCACUUGGGGUGUAGAAUGUAGGUAGUGGUGUCCAGGGGCUCAGAAGCUGCACUAUGAAGCUUUUGAUCCAAGUGAUUUGUUUUUUUCCUUUUGUUUCCUUGCAUCCUGGCUGUGCCUUCUCUCCCUGCAGUACUGUGACAGUGACACUGUGUCCUUCAGCCUGAGCAGCAGCACAGGGUGGCAGUACAGGGACCAUGAGCUCACUCACUGACUCACCCAAACUAACCCAAAUCUGAAAAACGCACGGUGCUGACGGUGGAAACUACACUGAAAGUGUCUUUGAGAGCCCUGAGAGACAAAGAGAUUAUUUAAAACCUAAAGCACAAUGAAGGGCUAAAAUUUGGAGCAGGGCUGAAAACAGGUGACUUUGUGCAGUGCUGGGGGUGUGACAGGUCAGUGGUGGCACUUGGGUGUGGUGGUGUCACCUGUCCCCCUGUAGCAGCAGCUCCUGCAGUAAGCUGAGAUGUGGUAGAACAGAGUGGUUAAUCAUGGUGGAUGUUUUUUCCUUUUCCUAGUUGGAAUGAGCUGAUUGCAUCCAAGGUCCCUCUGUAGCCUUUGCUGGUCAUCCCAGGGACACAGAUGCCUCUGGGAGGGCAGCAGGGGCAGGGUGCUCCCACCCAGGGGGCCCAUGUGGCUUUAAAAAAGGGUCCUGCAAAAAAGAAGGGUUGAGAGGUUGUAGGUAUCCCUUGUGCUAGUCUAGGUUUGUGCUUUUCCAUUGAACUCUUAGUUCUGAUGCCUUUCUCCCUCAGAAAGUUUUAGGUACAUUUAAAACCCCCAAGUUUUGAUGAUGUGCAGUUUUAAAAUAGCACUUGUGAGGAAUCCUGGAAUCCAAAAAAUGGUGGCAGCUACCCACAAGAAGCACCCUGCCUUCCUGCUUUUCUGGCACACUGGAUUUUCACACACACAAACCCAGCUUCUGAAAAGAACUGAACCAACACAGAUGUUCUCCUGUCUAGUUUCUGCUGGCAUUCAAUCAGGCUGUGGAAAGCCUGAAAUGAUGAUGUGUUCCCAACACCUCUGAUAAGCACCCACCUUUCAGCUCUUUUCCUCUCUCUUUUUUUUUUUUUCUCUCUCUCUUCAGCACAUAUCUGGGGUGCAUAUUCCAGAAGGGAACCAGAUCUAAAUAAAAGCCAGAUUUUGUUUUUUACAGAAA